AUGGAACAGCCCAACGAAAGCCAGAAGAGGAAGAUCGACGAGACGGCGGCGGAGGCCCCGAAGGUCGAGGCGACUGGGGAGCCCAGCGCGAAGAAGGCCAAGGUCGAGACCGAAGAGAUCACGCCCGCGAAGAUCAAGAAGCAGAUUGAGUACUACUUCUCCGACAGCAACUACCGUCGCGACAAGUGGCUUCAGGAGGAAGCGGCCAAGAACCCUGAGGGCUUCAUUGAGAUCGCCAAGAUCGCUGCCUUCCCCCGUCUUCAGGCCAUGACCACCGACUUGAAUGUCGUAGUCGAGCUCAUGCGCAGCUCCGACCGUCUGACGGUGUCGGAGGACGGACUGCUCGUGAAGCGGUCUCAGCCUCUGCCUGCCGUGGACAACUCGCACCUGAAGACCGUUUUUGUGAAGGGACUCCCGGAGGACGCCACCAUCGACUCUGUCGAGGCCGUCUUCUCCCAGUUCGGCGCCGUUGCUCGCAUCAUCAUCUUCAGGGAGCGCGAGACCAAGAAGGCCAAGGGCGAGGCCUGCGUCGAGUUCGAGACGGAGGAGGGUUCCAAGGCUGCGGCCGCCGCCGCGAAGCUGGACCUCGAUGGUCGCGAGAUCAGCAUCACACCCAAGAAGGAGCACAAGGAGAAGGCCGCGAGGGAUCACAAGGAGAAGCGUGACAAGCGCGAGAAGACGGAGGAGGAGCUUCAGCAGGAGGCGGAGGCGGCCGAGGAGAGGAAGAAGGCCAAGGAGGAGAGGAUCGAGCGCAUGAAGGGCACCGUGCUCCACGUCACCUUUACCGGCGAGGAGGGACAGGAGUUCAGCUCCGACUUCAACAAGUGGGACGUCAAGGCCCUCUUCGAGGAGAUCGUCUCCACCGAGAACAUCAGGUUCGUCGACUUUGCUGCCAAGAACGCGUGGGUUCGCAUGACUUCUCCCGAGCCCGCCCAGAAGGCUCUUGCCGAGCUUACUGCCAACCCCAAGGAGGUCAAGGGCGUCAAGUUCACCAACGUCCGACUUCUUGAGGGUGAUGAGGAGAUGGAGUACAUCGACAAGGUGAUGCAGGAGGGCGACCGAAAGGCCAGCCGCGGCGGCCGUGGUGGCGGACGUGGGGACGCGGUGGUCGAGGCGGACGUGGCGGACGUGGCGGCAGGGGCCGAAACUAGAGCCUCCCUUCUACGACGCGGCAGCCCAAGCGCCCGUUUCUCCGGCUGCCACGCUUCGCCGGUAAACGGUGGUGGUUCUGUACGGCCGGAUAAGAUGGCGCUUGGCGGAAGAGUGGGAGACACGCGCGUGACGGACGGGUAG